AUGGCAACCGCCAAGGAAAAUUUUCUGAAACAGUUCGGCGAACAUUACGGUUAUCCCAAUGGCCCCAAAUCCAUCGAUCAAAUUCGAGCUACUGAAUUCAACAGAUUGCAAGAUCUUGUGUACUUGGAUCAUGCCGGUGCAACUUUGUACUCUGAGCUGCAAAUGGAUUCAGUUUUCAAGGAUCUUACUAGUAACGUAUAUGGAAAUCCUCAUAGCCAAAGUGAUUCCAGUUCUGCAACUUUCGAGAUUGUGAGGGAUGCCCGCCAGCAGGUCCUUGACUACUGCAAUGCCUCCCCCAAAGACUACAAGUGUAUAUUUACCUCGGGGGCAACCGCAGCAUUGAAAAUGGUUGGAGAGGCUUUUCCAUGGAGUUGUAACAGUAAUUUUAUGUAUACGAUGGAGAAUCAUAACAGUGUUCUUGGUAUAAGAGAAUAUGCUCUUGGUCAAGGAGCUGCAGCCAUUGCAGUAGACAUUGAAGAUAUACAUCCUAGACUAGAAGGAGAAAAUUUUUCUACCAAGAUAUCACUGCAUCAAGCACAAAGGAGAAAAGUGGCUGGAUUGCAGGAGGGAGAACCAACGGGUGAUGUGUAUAAUUUGUUUGCCUUUCCCUCGGAGUGCAAUUUCUCUGGGUUGAGAUUCGACCUUGACUUAGCGAAGAUUAUCAAGGAAGACUCUAGCAGGAUUUUAGGAACUUCAGUUUGCAAAAAUGGACGAUGGUUAGUCUUGAUUGAUGCUGCAAAAGGAUCAGCUACCAUGCCACCUGAUUUGUCCAAGUAUCCUGUAGAUUUUGUUGCACUCUCAUUUUACAAGCUGUUUGGCUAUCCAACUGGGCUUGGAGCUCUCAUUGUUAAAAAUGAUGCUGCCAAGUUAUUGAAGAAGUCGUAUUUUAGUGGAGGAACAGUUGCUGCAUCCAUUGCUGACAUUGAUUUCAUUAAAAGAAGGGAAGGUAUUGAGGAGCUCUUUGAGGAUGGAACUGUUUCAUUCUUGAGCAUAGCAUCUAUUCGCCAUGGCUUCAAAAUACUGAAUUCUCUAACUGUAUCAGCAAUAUCAAGACAUACAACAUCUCUUGCCCUGUAUACGAGGAAAACACUUUUAGCUCUAAGGCAUGGCAAUGGAUCCCGUGUCUCCAUUCUCUAUGGACAUCAUAAUUCAGUGGAAAUGUGUCAUGAAAUGGGUCCGAUAGUUUCGUUCAACUUGAAAAGACCAGAUGGUUCUUGGUAUGGAUACCGGGAAGUAGAAAAGCUGGCAUCUCUUUCAGGAAUUCAGCUAAGGACAGGAUGCUUCUGCAAUCCAGGUGCAUGCGCAAAAUACCUUGGCUUAUCUCAUACAGAUCUCAUUUCAAAUACUGAGGCUGGCCACGUUUGUUGGGAUGACAAUGAUAUAAUUAAUGGAAAACCUAUUGGUGCUGUAAGAGUAUCCUUUGGCUACAUGUCAACAUAUGAAGAUGCCAAGAAAUUUGUUGAUUUUCUAACAAGUUCCUUCAUGUCACCCCAAAAUCAUGUUGACAACGGGAGUCAAUUGAAAGGUGUGAAUGGUUCCCUAGAUACCUGUUAUUAUCUCAAAUCAAUUACAAUAUAUCCAAUAAAAUCCUGUGGAGGUUUCAGUGCAAGAAGUUGGCCUCUUAGCAAUAAUGGAAGCUUGAAACAUGAUCGUGAAUGGAUUCUCAAAAGCCUGAGUGGUGAAGUUCUUACACUGAAAAGGGUUCCUGAAAUGGGUCUUAUAAGCUCCUUUAUUGACCUCAGUCAGGGAAUGUUGUUUGUAGAGUCUCCACAUUGCAAAGAAAGAUUGAAAAUCAGGCUUGAGCUAGAUUUUUAUGAUAGUACUGUACAGGACAUUGAACUGCAUGGCCAGAGGUACAAGGUAUAUAGUUACAACAAUGAGACCAAUGCUUGGUUUAGUGAAGCUGUUGGAAGACCUUGCACUUUGUUACGAUAUUCUGGUUCCAAUCAUGAGUUUGUGUUAAAUAAUACCAAAGACGUAGUCUCGUGUAAAGAUACAAAUAGUGCAGUCAGUUUUGCAAAUGAAGGCCAAUUUUUACUUGUAUCUGAGGAAAGUGUUUCUGACCUAAACAAAAGAUUAUGUUCAGAUGUUCAGAAGGGCGUAUGCGUAACAGCAAUGAAAGUCAAUGUAAAUAGAUUUCGUCCCAACCUUGUGGUAUCUGGAGGCAGGCCUUAUGAUGAAGAUGGAUGGAGAGACAUUACGAUUGGAAACAAGUGUUUCAAAUCGCUAGGAGGAUGCAAUCGAUGCCAUGUAAUCAACCUUUCACUAAAUGCCGGGCGAGUGCAAAAGUCGAAGGAACCUUUGGCAACUUUAGCAUCAUACAGGAGAGUAAAGGGAAGGAUUUUAUUUGGCAUACUGCUGAAAUAUGCAUCUGUUAAUGGAGAGCAGCAACAAGGUGAUUCAUGGCUGCAUGUGGGGCAGGAAGUGCAUCCAGAUUGA